UAGCUACAACCGAUCACUUAGCCAAAUCUCUCUCUCUCUCUCCCACAUCUUCUGCAUCUCUCGUCGCACUAUUCCUUUCGAACCUUUUCGAUUUUGAAUUUCUUUCCCCGAAAACCCCAAAGGGAACACAGGUUUCCUCGCUGCCUUGCUGUGUUCAGCCUUUUAUGCUGCUUUGAGACCUUCCGGUAUUGGUCUUCUGGCUGUGUUAGCGACGGAGAUACGUCAAUUUUAGAUGGAGCUUUCGCUGACGACGAUUGACAAAUGAUUCCACAAUCUUCUUCUUUCGAUUUACUAUCUCACGCUAAUGUAUCACGUCGUCUCUUCUGUCCUUGCUCCAAUGAGUACGGCUUGAUUGCGUUCUGCGAUGGGUUCGCGAGGAGGCGGGUUCUCCGCCGGAAAAUCAGAGUUCAGGUGGCGAAAGCGACCUCGAGGUUUGUUUCCUGCGGGAUUCGCGGGGAUUCGAAGAACAUUAGGUUAGCGGAUUCGGCGACAAGGGUCGCACGAAGCCUUGGGGUUGCUCGGUUCUCGAAUGAAUUCGAGGACGAGCAUGAAUCAUCGUCGUCGCAGGAGUCUGAAAUUCAAGGUGAUCGAAACAAUUUCACUAACUUUAGAGAAGACCCGAUAGUGGAUAAGCUCAGGACUCAGCUAGGCGAUAUCCAUCCAAUCCCGUCGCCGCCGAUUAAUAGUGACGCGAUUGGUUUAUUUGCUUUCUUCUUCUUCGUCGGUGUUGUUUGCGACAAGCUAUGGGCGUGGAGAAAGAGGCGGAGGCAAACGAGUGGUGAACGAGGAGCCGGGCAAUGGCCACAGGUUCCCACAAGCUUCUCGCUGUCCCUCGAGAAGGAUUUGCAGAGGAAAGAGUCUGUGGAGUGGGUUAACAUGGUGCUGGUGAAGCUCUGGAAAGUUUAUAGAGGUGGGAUUGAAAACUGGCUCAUUGGAUUGUUGCAGCCUGUAAUUGAUGACUUGAAGAAGCCAGAUUAUGUUAAAAGAGUUGAAAUUAAACAAUUUUCUCUUGGUGAUGAGCCCUUGUCUGUUAGAAAUGUAGAGAGGAGGACAUCACGCCGUGUCAAUGACUUGCAGUAUCAGAUUGGUCUUCGGUAUACUGGUGAUGCCCGGAUGUUGUUAAUGCUCUCUUUAAAAUUUGGUAUCAUCCCAGUAGUUGUGCCUGUCGGUAUUCGGGAUUUUGACAUUGACGGUGAGCUUUGGGUUAAAUUAAGACUGAUACCGACAGCGCCUUGGGUUGGAGCCGCAUCAUGGGCUUUUGUAUCACUUCCAAAGAUCAAAUUUGAGCUGGCACCAUUCCGGUUGUUUAAUCUAAUGGGAAUCCCUGUUCUAUCAAUGUUCUUGACCAAACUGCUGACAGAAGAUUUGCCUCGAUUAUUUGUCCGCCCUAAGAAAAUUGUCUUGGAUUUCCAGAAAGGAAAAGCUGUUGGGCCUGUUUCAGAAGACCUAAAAUCUGGAGACAUGCAGGAAGGGAACAAGGAUUUUGUCGGGGAACUGUCUGUUACUCUUGUCGAUGCCAAGAAACUUCCAUACAUGUUCUCUGGUAGAACGGAUCCAUAUGUUAUAUUACGAAUGGGUGAUCAAAUUAUCCGCAGUAAGAAGAACAGUCAAACUACUGUGAUUGGGGCUCCUGGUCAGCCAAUCUGGAAUCAGGACUUCCAAUUCCUUGUUUCAAAUCCUAGAGAGCAAGUAUUACAAAUUGAAGUCAACGACUGUCUUGGAUUCGCUGAUAUGGUUAUUGGUACCGGAGAGGUUGACCUCGGAUCACUGCCAGAUACGGUUCCUACGGACAGAACUGUUGUUUUGCGAGGCGGUUGGAGUUUGUUCGGAAAGGGGUCAGCUGGAGAAAUACUACUGCGGCUUACAUACAAAGCAUACGUGGAGGAUGAAGAAGAUGAUAAACGCAAUGCAAAAGCGAUUAUUACAGAUGCUUCAGAUGAUGAAAUGUCGGAUUCGGAAGAACCUAGCUCAUUCGUCCAGAAUGACAAGAUUCCUUCUGGUGAUCUUAGUCAAGAAUCAUUUAUGAAUGUGCUGUCUGCAUUGAUUGUGAGCGAGGAAUUUCAAGGGAUAGUUUCAUCAGAAGCUGGGAACAAUAAACUUUAUGAAGGUGAAACAAGCGUGUCACCAGCACCUUCAAAGGCUGAGGCGGACUCAAAAUCUCAACCGGAAGAUCCUGGCAAUGGGGGCGUACCAGAUUUGGAAGUGAAAGAAGCGAAUUCUGAUAAAGGUUCUGUUGAUGAUAGAGGAUUAGCAUUAUUGUGUUUCGGUGUAAUCACAUCUGUACUGGUGCUCGUUGCUAUCAACAUGGGCGGCUCAAGUUUCUUCAACCCGUAACAUGGUGUUGUAUGGAUCACUAGCAAUUUCUUUUGCCAAAGUUGGUUAAUUUCCUCUUCUCGGCCUUAGAGAUGGCUUAUAAUGAGGUCUCAGUUUUGGAUUUGCCGUUGUAUGCACUAUGCAUGUCUUUAGAAGAGGAGUUUUUAUUGGUGGCGGAAAGUUUUAGGAUCUAUUUCACCAUUCUCUUACAUUUGUGAAUCUACAUGUAUACCAGUGGUUUGUUAUAGUACAAAUGAUUCAAUUUAAAUGAAGAUUGUUUUCUGCAAGGAAACAAUUUACUUUUCUA